UGGGACCCUGUCUAUGCUGUAGGGCAAUGGGUCCAUGUGAAAAGGAGAUACAGAAAUCCAAAACAACUGUCCUAACCUCAUGAAACCUUUGCAAGAAUGCAUGUUUCCAGUUGAUGGAUCUGAAGGAGGCAUCUUCCUGCCACCAGCCCUGGAUGAGACUAUUGGUGCUGUCAGUGAAGUGCUUUCCUCAAGGGACAACUUGCAAGAAUUAUUCAAAAUGAAGGGUAAAGAUGCCAUUGCUGUCAUAGACCUCUUGGAUGUUGAUGGCAUUGUUGAGGACAAUAGCCGCAUUCACACCAGGCUGUUCCACACUCUGCGCAAGAUGUGUGGAGAGUUAGGAAGACUACCAACUGUGUAUGACCUAUCCAAGAAAGGCCUGCUACUUGGGCUGAGGCUACCCCAUGAGGAAUUGACCAUCAUUGGCAAUCAUCCAAUAGCAUCUGGUGGCUUUGCAGAUGUCUGGCUAGGCAGGUACAAGGAUCAACAAGUAGCAGUGAAGGCUUUUCGUGUCUAUGGUCAUGCUAACUUGGAGGCAGUCAAAAAGACCUUCUGCAGAGAAGCUGUCUUAUGGAGGAGGCUUUCUCACUCCAACAUCACACCUUUCAUAGGCAUUGACUAUGAUGAGAAUAAAGCCAAAUUCUCUGCUGUAUGCCAGUGGAUGCCCAAUGGCAAUAUCACAGCAUACCUCAGGAAUUCCCCAGGAGCCAAUAGGCCAGAGCUACUUGUGGACAUUGCACAAGGCCUGGAAUAUCUACAUUCACAUGGAGUUUGCAUGGUGAUAUCAAGGGUGCGAACAUAUUGAUAGACGAAAGACUCCAUGCAUGUCUUGCAGAUUUCGGCCUGUCAGCAGUCACCUAUGAUCCAAAUACCGUGAACGCCAUCUCGACAUCUUGAGUGUCAACGGGUCCAUUCGGUGGAUGGCGCCCGAGCUCCUCAACCCGGAAGAAGCAGGACUGGAACAUGCGAGGCCGUCUCCCGAAAGUGACAU